GCACAGUGCCGCGCUUUCAGCUUCUCAUACAACGUUAUUUAUACUUUUUAGACCCUGAUUAAUGUGACGCUUUGCUGGAAUUAUAUCAGAGAAGGACUCUUAUUUACAAAAGAUUUGUGGACUUGUCUUCUAAGGUGCCAGGAUGAAGUCCAGAGCAAAAGCAGGAAAGCUGUCCACAAGGCCCUGGUCUGACCCAGAGCCUGAGCUGGAAGUAGACACAGAAGCAGAGGCUGUCUCCAGUGAACCGGAGGGCUCUGAGGACUCCUGGAGGGGUUCCUUGAGAAGUAGCGGACCCAAACGCGGUGCAGGAGGAGGUGGGCGGCGGAGGAAGAGGACACACGGCACCAGCUCCAAAGAACGCAGCAUCCGACGACUAGAGAGCAAUGAGAGGGAACGCCAGCGCAUGCACAAACUCAACAACGCCUUCCAAGCCCUGCGAGAGGCCAUCCCACACGUGAAGACAGACAAGAAGCUGUCCAAAAUUGAAACCCUCACUUUGGCCAAAAACUACAUCAAAGCCCUGACCACAAUCAUCCUGGACAUGUCAGGAGCCUGCUCGCCCAACAGUGCAGCCCAGGCAGAGAGCAACACGGCCAAACUGCUACAGUGUUACCAGCAGCACCUGGAGGAGGAGGGAGAGGACGAUCUCACUCAGUACCUCACACAAAUACAGGACAGCUUCAGCCAGAACAGCUAACACAACGUAAGAGACUUAAAGGUGUACUAUGUAAUGACCUUUGUGGAUAAGCGUCCACCAGCUUCUCGUCUCUGUGGAG